GUCAAAAGCUGCUUAUGCUCAAGUUUGCAACGAUUUUGUUUCACCCUCACCUUCUCUCGGCAAACCGCCCUUGAUAGAUUGAACCGGUCCUUUUGUCACGAUAUGAUUCACUCAGCAGCUAUUAUAGCAGGAAUACUGACCGCUGUUUUCACUGUUCUGACUUCCGGUUUCGGGACUAUUGUAUAUAUCAAUCGUCGACGACAUCAGAUUCGCAACAAAAGCAACUUCUGUGCAAAGACUAAUGCUCCUUCUUCACCCAAAUCUUCACGCUCUCAGAUGUUCAGUUCAUCGGCAUGCACUACUGACUUUACGAAGCGUACGCAAGACUACCAUAGCCGAUGUUCGAGCCUGGAAAACGGUCCUGGGCCAACUUUUGUCAAGAAGGGUUGGACUUCUAUGCAGAGCAACUUCCACAGCAUCAUGGAUACUAGUAAUCUGCCCUCUGUGCAUGGGCCUAUUAUCGCUCCAUCUGAUACUUGUAAUAAUCUCACUGUGCCUUCUGCCAGGGCUACUGUGGGUGCUGAUGAAGGAACACCUGUGCCAAACAUGAUAAUUGAACCAAUGGCUACAGGUGCAAUCACUUUGACGGCCGCAAGGGCCAUGAAGAUCAAGCGAGGACAGGAAGAUGCGUCGAUAAGCAGGCUGAGUAGCUUUCAUCUAGCCGUGCUGGAUAUUGGCUGGGGAGACAUUCAAAUUGGAGGUAACGAGGAAGCAACUAAGUCAAACAAACCGAGUGUUUCGACUGUGUUAGAUGUGAGCAAACGACCAGGCAGCUAUACUGGUGUGUGGCCUUGA